AUGCCCGAUCCACUCCGAGUUCGUCCUGGGAACUUCGACGACCCUCCCGCAAGCAGCGAAGCCUCGACGCCUCAAACUCGCCGUAGCCGCCUGCGGAGAGCAUUGCAGACCACCAGCGAUCUAGCGAGCGCGAGUCAGCCCCGGAACACGGAGAUGGGCAGCGCAGAACGACGGAGACUGGGUAUUAUUGGGCCAACAUCGCGGAGGAGGAGAAGGUCUGAGAGCACGCAUGACGAGCAGCCCCGGCUCAGCAGCCCCGGUAACAGCGAGGAUCGUCGCCGCAAGCGAAGACGAUUCGAAUCACCUCCACCAGUACCGAAGCGGAAGUCGAUCAAGUAUGGCUACUACGGCCAGGUCGAGCCUGGUAGGCUCAAGCUCGAGCUUGUAAGCUGUGACGGUGGCGAGCACAGAGAUCCACGAAACACAGGCAUUUCCCUCGGACCAGAGAACAUUCUAAGAUACGAUAAGAGCGUGUACUGCUCCGAACAGAGAAGCAGCACGAUCGUGGUUAGGCACGCCGACGAUACUGCAUUCGCUCUCGAGAUGCUUCAUAUCGUGGCCCCCGAGCAUGGUUUCACCGCUCCCAUACGCGCAGGUGUCGUUCACGUAGCGAUGAACAUGGCAGACCUGCAGAAGUACAUUGAUUCGCCGCCGCACGCCCGGAGAGCACGCGUUGCAUCCCCGCCAUAUAUGCCCCCGGCUCGAAGGAGUACCAGCAUACAAGGUUCGCCUGAGCGGCUUACAUUAGCGGACGCUUUGCGAGAUCCAGAAGUAAACGCAGCCUUCGGAGAUCGCGAGCAAGACUAUGGCCGCAGCGCAGACGGCGUGCACGACUUGGCAACGAACGCGAACGACUUCAGCUUAGACCCAGGCGGCCGUCCAGCAGACCCUGAUAACCACUGUGAUGUACCUUCCCCGGAAGCUAUGGCCAAUGGAGACUCCACCUCACACGACUCCGAGCGCAACCCCAUCAUACUUUCUUUCGACGAAGAAACUGGGCCCGAAGAAACCUCCCCGCAAGACGUCCUCGACUUCCGCCUCCAGCGUCUGCGCAUGAUGCGUCGCCGUGUAGAAAUGGACAGCUGGGACCGCGAAGACCGCUGGGCGGGUCUCAGCCGCAUGCCCUCCUCCCUCGACCCGAGCGACCGCGAGCGCCUCUCUGUAUCACGGCUAGACGCUCUCAUGGCUCGGUCACGCGUUCACGAUGAUACGCCGCCUGGAAAUGAAGAUGAACUCGCUGCCAUGAUGCCUUCAGAAGAGGAAUUGCUGGAGAGGACGAUGCACGUGCGACCUGGAAGCGAUGAUAAGAACGUUACUACGGGGAGAUUCUUCCUUAGCAAAGGCAGGACGAAGGUGACGCUGAAAUUUGAUCCGCCGGUCAGCGGAAGAUUCAUCAUGAUGAGGUGUUGGAGUGGGAAGAGCAAUGUUGAUGUGCAAGCGGUGAUUGCAAAGGGCUUUGGCGGGCCCAGGUUCUUCCCGGCGAUGGAAGUGAGGUGA